GGGAGGAGAAACUGUAACCCCAAAUCAAUUGCCUACGAUUACCAAUUAGUUGGAAAUAGUUUUCUGUAUCAGAACAUGGCGGCGAGGUCGAGAAUGGUACCCCUGUAGACUGUAGUGAAUCAGCACCUGGGGGGAUUUCGAAUGCAGGUCGGUGCCACUGAAGAAAUAUAGAGGAGAAACAAGCAAGAAGAUUUUGUAAGCAGUUAUCUCUAGAUGGAUUCAUCACCAAGCAAUUUUGAUCCCCGAAAAACUUCUCAAUCCACAAUACCUAAAACACAAGAAGAUGAUGAAUUCUGGCCACUAUCUGGGAAACCAUAUUUCUAUGUGGUUCUUAACAAAUUACACCUUGCAACCAGGUUUCAAAUGACAUUUCCACGUAGACUAUCGGAAAAGCUUCCUGCUGCUAUGGUUUCUGCUAAGAUUGUAUACAGAGGAAAGGUUUGGGAUCUCGUUUACAUUGGUGAUCAAGUUGGAGAUGUUUGUUUGUUUGACUUAAUGGAGGGAAGCGUACAUGGUGGUAUUGUUAAGUUCAAAGUUCAGAUUCUUAGAGACAAUUUUCCUUCUGAAUUGGUAGAGAAAGCAGAAGGGCACAAUAUGAAUAAUCCUAUAGAUAUAGAGUAG